GCGUCGCCGAGGAAAUUUUUCACUCCCCGUUUUCGGCCCGCGGUGAAGCCAGGAAGGAUCAGGUCUGCGGGGAAAGGAGAGCGUAUGAUGUGGAUCUGGUAUAUUCUGCUCGGCUCAGGCACGGUUGAGAGCCAGCUGCUUCCAGGGAAUAACUUCACCACAGAGUGCAACAUCCCUGGAAAUUUCAUGUGUGGAGAUGGAAAGUGCGUCCCAGGAGGAUGGCAAUGUGAUGGAUUGCCCGAUUGCUUUGACAAGAGUGACGAGAAAGGCUGCCCUAAAGUCAGGUCAAAGUGUGCACCUACAUUUUUUGCCUGUGCCAAUGGGAUCCACUGCAUCAUUGGACGCUUCCAGUGUAAUGGAUAUAGUGACUGUCCUGACGGGAGCGAUGAGGAAAACUGCACAGGUAACCCCUUGGUGUGCUCUGAGGCCCGCUUCAAGUGUCGAAACGGCCGCUGUGUAGACCGCAGCUUUUUGUGUAAUGGUCAGGACAAUUGUCAGGAUAACAGUGACGAGGAAUUCUGUCUGAGUACAGCAGAAGCUCCUGGGCAGGACUUUGUGACAUUGGACAACCGUCUGCGCUACUACCCCAGCAUCACCUACGCCGUCAUCGGGAGCGCCGUCAUCUUCGUGCUCGUCGUAGCCUUGCUGGCCUUGGUGCUUCAUCACCAGAGGAAGAGGAGCGUUCUGCUUCCUGCUGGCGUAAGAGGAGCCUCUCAUCACCAUCAUCAACCGUUGCUGCUGUCACGCUUGGUCAUCUUGGAUCGCAGCCACACGCAUCCCAGUGAUCCGGGUCUUUCCCCUGGCGCCCCUUCCCCAGCCGAGCAAUAUAGCCCAUCCUCUCAGAUGCUGCAAAUCCCGUCUGAUACCCUUCGUCCUACAGCACAGCCAGUAGAGACGCCUCCAUCAUACUCUCAGGCUGUAAUGGAUGUCAGUCGGCCUCCCUGGUUUGAUCUCCCGCCUCCCCCGUACCUCCCAGAUGGACAGGCAGCUUCCGAAGGCGACUUGCCGCAUUACGAGAGCCCUUCCGCGUCACCCGCCGUCAGAACUAUUUCUUCAAACAGUCACUCCAACUUCAGUACUAGACAGAUGUCGGAUCGGCUUUAAGUACACUCUGACUGACUCCCUGAUAACUACUGCAGGACUGCACAAAGCAGCACAUUCCACAGCACAGACCUGCCAAGAGCAGAAGACUGAACAACUCCACUGAGAGUUCAGGGCAUCCUGAAAAUUCUUUUUGUCUUGGCUCCCCCUGGUGGAAUUUUUAUGUUGUUGUUUUGCAGAUCUGCUGUACUGUACUUACUGUUCACUUCAGAAUGAGUCAUUUGCUCCUUUCAGUUGAAGUGAUUCUAUAUUAAGAGGUACUAGGUACUGGUUUCAUAAUCAACGACCGCAGCCUUUGAGGAUUAUCUCAAGUGAUUUAGUAAGACUGUGUCAAUAUUAAAAUAUUUUCACUGGGUGUAGCAGUAAAUGCAGUAAGUCCAGCCUAUACCUAUACGACUGCACUUUUUUGUAGGGAACCUGUACAUACUAAAAGCCACAUCAUACCUUGUUAAAUCUAAUACAGCCUUGACAGUAUUUCUUGGUUGUGUUAUUUUACAAUGUGAGGCUUUUGGAAAGUCAGCAUUUCUUUCAUAUCACCGAUGAGAGCUUAAGGGCCACGUAUUUGUAUGGUCUUUGUCGUGAGGUGUAAGAUAAUUCAGUGCACAAAUCAAUAAGUGCUUCAUGGAAAGCCAUUCAGUUAAUUUUUUUAUAUCCUUUACGCUCAGCUUUAGAUCCAUCGACUGGUAUCUUUAUUCUUACUAUAGGACAACUGUUGAACUGGAAUAACAACUACAAGGACUGGGAUGAUGCAUCUUAAAGGGCGAUACGUAAAAUGAAAAAGAAAAGUGAGGUGAGGCAAAACUGCACUUGUUGAAAACUGUGUGGUACUAGCUCUAAUGGUGACCUCAUAAAUACUAUGAGUUAAUAUCUAGGGCUUCAGUAGUAGAACUAGUGGUGCAACUACUGCGCAUUGUUGCCUGACAAUUAACAUGUAGACCUAUUGGUAUACCAGUUUUCGUGCUAGUGAAUAGAAAAGGUAAUUCAAUACUCUAUCGAUGAAUAGUCUUGGUAGUGAUGGCAAAGAGUGCAGUAGUGAAUGGACUUUAACAUGCACGUCGAAUCUUCUUUUCCUUUCAGCUUGUCCUGUUAGGGGUCGUCACAGCACGUUAUCUUUUUCCCUCUAAGCCUAUCUCAUGCAUCUUCCUCUCUAACACCCACUGUCCUCAUGUAUUCCCUCACAACAUCCAUCAACCUUUUCUUUGGUCUUCCUCUCGCUCUUUUGCCUGCCAGCUCCAUCCUCAGCACUCUUCUACCAAUUACACACACUCUUGCCUCUCGACAUGUCCAAACCAUCAAAUGCUUCAAACGCUUUUGCAUAGAAAUGGUGCAUUUCAACCACGGGAAGUUUUCCCAAGUACUUGGAACAUUUUGAGGAGCAUUUUGUGUGUUUGGACAACCCCAAUCAAAGAUGUUUUGUCCUCCUGAUAUGUGAAAGCAUGUAGAUUUUUUUUUUUUUUUUUUUUUAAGACUAAGCAGUGGUUCAGUUAGAAUUUUAGGAUAUGGGUAGGUGUGAAGGAUAGGAGUCGUGUCUUUCCAAAAUUGGAAAAGAGAAGCUGUGUUUGAAUUAGGACCGUCUCCGCAUGUCAUUGUGACAUAGUCAGCCUUCAAAUGCAGCCUCCGUAAUCGGUACAAACUGUAGACGGUGUCAGCGAGACAUGGAAGUGUUGUUAUUCUCCUCAAGGAAAACACACUUUUGUAGCACUUCACUCAAAGUCACCUUUGCAUUAUUUCUGUAACUAGGAGUUUGUUUCUGUUUUGAAACUCAAACAACUCCAAGAGAAGUAAGAAAACAUUUGGAAAUAUUUAGCAUAUGAGAUUAAGCGAAUUUUCCCAUUUCAGUGUUGUCGCUUUAUUUGUGUGAGUUAAAAGACAAAAGAGUAAAUCUAUUCAACAUUAAUGUUUGGAAACGUGCUUGUGUAGAAUGCGCUUGUCAAAGCAGCUAAUUCAGAGGGGCCCAUAUUUGUGGUGCGAGAGUUCUGCAGGAGGGCCUCAUACAUGCUGAGUGGCGGUUCUAUGCAGGGUUCUUUAAAUCACUAUCAGGGAUGUUGCAAGUGCAUUGUCUGGAAAAAUUCUUAUUUGGAGAAAGUUUCUUUCAAGACAGUUUUAGAUUUUUGAGUUUCCUGUCUCACAAUGUUUGCUGACGGUGGGGUUGUUUUACACUAUGUAUCACAAAUAACUAAUUCAAUUUCAUGAAAUAGAAAAUGUACUCAAUUACACAGACUCUGAUUCAAAUCCGGGCUCGCCUGUGUGGAGUUUGCACAUUUGUGGGUUUUUUCCGGGUACUUCGGUUUCCUCUAAACAUGCAUGGUAGGUUAACUGAGGACUCUAAAUUGCCUGCAGGUGUGAAUUCUUUUUUGUGUGCCCCACGAUUGAGUGGGGACCAGUUCAGGCUGUACCCCGCCUUUCUCCCGAAUAAUGCUGAGAUUUGCUCCAGCACGCCCAUAACCCUAGUGAGGAUAAGUAGUACAGAAAAUAAUGGAUUGAAUGAAUGUACUUUAUAAUGCCGUUAACUAAAUCAUUCCGCAACUAAACAACUUCUCAUUAUUUUCAGUGUGAAGACCAUUUAUUCAUGUGAGGGGCAGAUAGCAAUUUCCUGCAUGUACAUCGGACAUUGUUGGUGCCUUGUGUACCAGACAAACUACACAGUUGGGACUUACAAGUUUCUUCAAGUUUGUCAAGUUGUAUUUCAUGACAACAACAUGUAGCAGUUUUUACUACAGCUUAGAUAAUGUUUGGUGGCCACUCCCGUUUGUAAAAAGAACAAUUUUGUCUCGGUACCGUAUCAUCACAUACUUCCGUGGCCUAUGUUGGCGCACUAGAUCUGAUGUUGUUAUUUAUUGUAUAACAUUACCAAUUGCAAUUGUGUACCCUGCCUGUGCAAGCUAUUGCCCGAUUCAAUGUACAGCGUUUAUUUCAGUAUUUAAUGUUAUGCCUUGAUAUCAACACUGAUAAAUUUUAAAUUAACUAAAAGUUCAAUCUUCAAAAAGUUAAAAAUAGGAAGGAUUGUUUGAAAAUGCAAAUGCUCUGGAACAUCCAUGGCCAAUGUCUAAUCUUAAAAUGUUUUCAUUGGGUCAGCUUUAUCAGCUAGUAAUGUUUGCUGACUGCUAAUGUGUUUUACAUUUCACAAGGAAAGGGGCAGCUCUGGUACAAAAUAACUGCAGUUUUUCUUUUGCUAAAAAUACAGUAUUUGUAUCUUUAAUAACGUACAAUUGUCAGUAGUGGUACUGUGUUUCAGUGACGUGAAAAAUGAAGGAUGUGUUUUUACAGUAUGUUUGUCGUGUGUCCUGUUUGCUUCAAUCAAUCCUGUAAAUAAAAAAAAAAAACAUUGUUUUGUCUGUAAUACAAGGCGUUUGGAUAACAAAACAGAAGUCAACCAAGGUAAUUAACUGAGUUAUAUAUUUUCACCGAAGGAACAACCAUGUCUCACAAUUCUGUCUGUGUACUUUUUCAUUACAACAAUUUGAAAGAUGGCAAACUGGUGCAACUAAUAGCACUUCCAUGAUUUUUAUUCCCCUUAAAAGGAUAUGUCAGAGUUGUUUUAUGGGCCCUGUAGGUUAAAGUAAUGUACAAUUUUGAUCUAUGGACCGUGAAUACAUUUUGAAAAACAUGAUACUUUUUUUUUCUUGCAAGCAAAUUGAUGUUCUUCACUGUUUGGUAGUUGUGUGUUCAACCAACAGAUGUCGCCCUUGUUCGUGAAAUGGAAGGUUUUUUCCCCCUCCUUACUCGGGACUUUGCUGAACUAUUGAUAUUCUUAGUCAAAUAAGUUGUCUUGUUGUCAGAUUUUAAACCAAACUCCUGCGGUUGUUGUCCGAAUUAAUUCAAGGUUCACAUCGGCCCCAUCUCGGAUUCAUGGAAACUACAUUUUAUUUGAACCCCCCAACUCUGAGAACAUGAAUUCCUCACCACCACCCACUUUUUGAUUAGAAUGCCCCUUCUCCCCAAUAUGUUUGUAUCUGACACAGAUCACUUGUCAUACCAUCAGCAUGUCAGCACAAACUGUGUCUUCACUUCAUUUUCACAUCUCCCUCACUUAC